UAUAAAUAAACAAUAAGGAAUAAAAACAACCUUUCUUUCACCCCCCUUCCUCUCCCCUCGUUAACCCACUCGGAGACGGAGGCCACCGCCACCGCCGCCGCCACCGCCACCACGCCGGCCACCGCUUAUCCUCUUCGUUGUCAUUUCUGCAAUGAGGUUACCGUCCUCUGCAAUUCUUGUCCUCUUUCUCUUCUUUCACCUUCUCUGCUUCGCUACUUUCCCUUCCCUUUCCAUUUCCCUCUUAACCGUCACUAAAUCCGAGUUGGUGACCGGCGAGAUCAAUGCUACUGCCGACUCUAACUCCUCGAGAUCCGCCAAUGAUGACCAUAGUUUUGCUAACAUAAUCGAUCGGGCUCUCGAGAGGGAAUUUACUGAGAAUGAGCAGACUGAUGAAGUCGCGGAUGCUGGCAGCUUCAACAGCAGCGUUGCUGAGAAGCAGGCAGUUUUGGAAACUGUUGCUCGAGUUAAGUCAAAGAAGAAUGAAUCAAAAGAGGAGAAAUCAUUUCAGUUCCAUGACGUCUUCCAUUUAGACAAUGAGAAUCGAGCAGAAGACAUGCCCACAUUAAUUGAUCGAAAGGACAAUGUCUUUAUUAUAUCCAAUCCCAAGUCAAAGUAUCCAGUGCUCCAAUUGGAUCUAAGAUUGAUUUCAGAUCUAGUUGUUGUUAUUGUUUCUGCAACUUGUGGUGGUAUUGCUUUCGCAUGUGCAGGACAACCGGUCUUUACUGGAUACCUGUUGGCUGGAUCUCUCAUUGGGCCCGGAGGUUUAAGCUUUGUCAGUGAAAUGGUGCAAGUUGAGACAGUUGCUCAGUUUGGUGUGAUCUUCCUUCUUUUUGCAUUGGGCUUGGAAUUCUCCACUACAAAACUUCGUGUAGUUCGAGCAGUGGCUGUUCUUGGAGGAUUGCUCCAGAUUUUCCUUUUUAUGUGCUUGUGUGGAAUUACAGCUUCGCUAUGUGGCGGUAAAUCUUCAGAGGGGGUAUUUGUGGGUGCAUUCUUGUCUAUGUCUUCGACUGCAGUGGUCUUGAAAUUUUUAAUGGAACGAAAUAGCGUCAAUGCCAUUCAUGGUCAGGUGACCAUUGGUACUCUUAUUCUUCAGGAUUGUGCUGUUGGCUUGCUGUUUGCACUGCUUCCGAUUCUUGGUGGUACUUCUGGCGUUCUUCAAGGAGUUCUGUCCAUGACUAAGUCGUUGUUGGUCUUGAUUACAUUUUUGAUUAUUUUGACAAUAUUAUCUCGUACAUGUGUUCCGAGGUUCCUUAAGCUUAUGGUUAGCCUGUCAUCUCAGACUAAUGAGCUCUAUCAAUUGGCAGCUGUUGCAUUCUGUUUGCUUGUUGCUUGGUGCAGUGAUAAACUUGGCUUAAGCCUUGAAUUGGGUUCCUUCGCUGCGGGCGUGAUGAUAUCAACUACUGAUCUUGCUCAGCAUACACUUGAACAGGUUGAGCCCAUUCGCAACUUCUUUGCCGCUCUUUUUCUUGCCAGCAUUGGGAUGCUAAUUCAUGUUCAUUUCCUAUGGAACCACAUUGAUAUUUUACUUGCGGCUGUAAUAUUGGUCAUCAUUAUAAAAACUGUAGUGGUUACUACUGUUGUCAAGGGAUUUGGAUACAACAACAAGACUUCACUUCUGGUUGGGAUGUCACUCGCACAAAUCGGAGAAUUUGCUUUUGUCCUUCUGAGCCGUGCCUCUAAUCUUCAUCUUGUCGAGGGAAAAUUGUAUAUACUGCUGCUUGGGACAACUGCACUUAGCCUGGUGACUACGCCAUUGCUUUUCAAGCUUAUUCCUGCUGUGGUACGUAUUGGAGUGUUGUUAAGGUGGUUUUCACCUGAUGGUUUGAGUGAGAUUGGAUUUAAAGGAGAUGGCUUUCGAACAGAUGGUGCCAAGCGCAUUACUUUGGUGGUUCAAGACUCUCAUGUUUCAUGAUAUUAUGCAUACUAUAGCAAAGCAAACGGCAGAAGUAACCACAUUUCGACCGAAGGGUUUCUUGUGAAAUUGGGAACAUGUGCAGAAGCGUGAAAGUUUAUUAAUUAGGCUCUCAGUUUUUUAUUGUCCUGAACCUGAAGAUGCCAAUAUUCCACGGGAAAUUCUGACCAGGAAAAAUCGUAUCCAAAUAGUUCCAUUGGGAUGGAGAACCAGAAUAGUGUGAAUACGGUUCUCAAAAUCCCAUUCACUAAACUCCAAUUUUUGAUCCAGGCCGUUAUGUUAUUAUAGGUGGCCUAUUCAUUGUAAAAUAGUUUCCAUUCAUUCGCGCCAUUCAUUUCAUUAUAUAUGUUCUUUUUACAAAUUGAGUCACACAGUUGUUCUAUCAACCCGAAAGGUAAUGUAGUUCAAAAAUUUUUAGUGUAUCCAGGCCAUUUUCAGUUCAUAGACGCCCAGAUGACGUACAAGAUUUUACUUGUUUUUCAUAA